AUUAAUAGGAUGUAGAGGUUUCCUCAAAAAAGUACAGUGUAUGUGAAAUACUGGAACAAAAAUCAUUUCUGAAAUGUCGUCUAGUUUUACCUUCCAGUCUACGUUGUUUGCACUUAUUAUUCUCCAGGUGCACAGUGAUGUGACAACUGGAAAUGGGAUGCUGGGUAGUUCUGUUACACUUCAUCGUGAGUAUCCUGACAUUGAACACCGUGUUCACAUUACUUGGAACAAGGGAAAGACUUUGUUAAGUAGCUGGACACGUCGUACCAGGGCCACCGAAGAGACGCGAACUGUCAGAGGAAUUGUAGAGGACUGUGUUAUGCUUGAUCUGCACAAUUACACAAACAGGCGUAUUCAUGUUACCUGGAAGAAAGGCAAUAAGCAAGUGGCCAAGAUGAAAGGUCAGCCUGUACAGGGCUCUGGAACAUACAGCGAGAGAUUUCGUGCAUUCCCCAAUGGCAGCUUGAGUGUUUGCCCCAUGCAGCUGGGGGAUGAGGGCCAGUACACAGCAGAAGUGUUUGAUCAUGAUGGGGCAGGUUUGGGCCAUCAAAAUAUUCAACUAGAGUGUAGCGGAAAUAAAAUAGCACCUAUUCAAGAAGUAACAGGAAUUGUCGGCGGCUCCAUGUUCCUACCUCUAGCAGCGAUGGAUUGGAAAGAUUUGGUCCAGAUAACGUGGAAGAAAGACAGCUUGUUGGUUGCUGAGUUAAAUUACUCUCAGUCGGAGUCCGAUGGGAGAUCCUACAGAUCUCAGAUCUUACCUAAUGGCACACUCAGACUGGACAGGAUUCAGGAAAGUGAUUGUGGACGGUAUUCAGUAGAAGUGCAAGACAGAGAUGGGAAGAUUAUAUACCGGAGAAUGAUUGAUGUGAAAGUGGAACAAGAGACGGUGGCCUCACCAGUUAUCUCGCAUUUACUGUUAUUCAUCAUAGUGGGAGUGCUUGUUGCUGUAUUCAUUAUUGUGUUGGGUUCACUUAUAUGGCAUUUUGGAAAGUGCAAACACAGACCAGGUCGCAUGACAAACCUAAGCUUCCGGCAUGUGACUUUGGGCCGAAGCGGCUAUAAUGAGGACCACGUGGAAUGUGGAGAGGGAGACACGAGCAGCCCUGACCAAGAAGAGAAUGGAAAUCCAGCUUCACAGGAACCAGAGGCUGCAAACUCCACUAAGCAAGAGAAUGAAGCUUUCAUUAAGAAUGCUAAAGGGACUAAAGCGGCAACAGCUGCAAGCUUUUACACUGAGCAACCUCUGUCUUUAAAUAUCUCCACUUUUCAAGGGAAGGAAGGACCUAAAUCACAGCCCAGGCCUGUGCACCCUGGAAACAAUGUUGCCUCAGUUACUAAAGACUGUGUUCCUCUGAAAGAUGGGAACUAUAUUCCUCAGGAUGACAGGGACUGUGUUCCCCCAGACUUUGACAACUAUGUUCCUCCAGACUUUGACAACUGCAUCCCUCCAGUCUUUGACAACUGUGUUCCUCCAGUCUUUGACAACUGUGUUCCUCCAGACUUUGACAACGGUAUCCCCCCACACUUCGAUGACUGUGAUCCCUCAGAAUAUGAUGACUGUGUUCCUCCAGUCUUUGACAACUGUGUUCCUCCAGACUUUAACAACGGUAUCCCCCCAGACUUCGAUGACUGUGAUCCCUCAGAAUAUGAUGACUGUGAUCCCCCAGCCUUCAAUGACUCUGGUCCUAUAGAUGGCAGGGACUAUACUCCUGGGUUCAAUGGGGACCAUAUUCCUGCGGAUUUUGGGGAUUAA